AUGGAGAAUCGAUCUCCAAUAACAAUUUUUACUGACCAAGAUCAAGCCAUGUCAAAUGCUAUUGAGGAAGUGUUUUCGAACACACAUCAUCGACUAUGUUUGUGGCAUAUUUCAAAAAAUGCACCUUCCUACUUUAGAGAGUUAAAUUCUAAUUCAGAGUUUAAGUCCUUGUGGAACAAGUGUCAAAAAUAUUGUGAUUCAGAAUUGGAAUUUCAAAACACAUGGGAUAAAAUGAUGCAUAAGUUUAAUCUUGAAGAUCAUCACUGGCUUAAUAUGAUGUACAAAAUUCGACAUAAAUGGAGCACUGCAUUCACUAAGGAUAGCUUCACAGCUGAAUUUAAAGCUUCCUCGAGGAGUGAAAGCACAAACCAUGUUUUGAAUAAUAUAGUAGAUACAACAAUAAGCCUCACUAACUUUGUAAUUAAAUAUGAAAGUGUGUUGGCAGGUAUGCGUUCUUCAAAGUUUAAUGAAGAUUUUCGAUGCAAGCAAGGCGCCCCGCAAAGAGCAGUUAAGAAGAGUGGUAUUUUGGGUCAUGCAGCUCAAGUUUACACAUGUAAGAUAUUUAGAUUAUUUGAAUAUGAAUUCCUUAAUAGUCUUGCAAUAGAGUGGAAGCAAGUUGAUUGUCAAGAUACAAUUGAUGUCUUUGAGGUGAAAGAAGAAGAUAGUGAAAGAGUACGCAUUGUCCAUUUUGAUCAUUUCAAUAGCAACAUUUCUUGUUCUUGCAAGAAAUUUGAGUCAUUGGGAAUUCUUUGUUGUCAUGCGUUGCGGGUCUUCAAUUUAAAAAAUUUGACUAAAAUUCCAAGCCAAUACAUUUUGAAAUGUUGGACAAAGGAGGCUAAGCAAGGGAUGAUGGCUUAUGAACAAGACAAUCAUUCAAGUGGCAAUGCUAAAGAGGCCGAGAUAGUGUGGCGUAAUAGCAUGUUACGUAUAGCUAAUACAAUUAUAUCCAAAAGCCAAGAGGAUGAUAGCCUUAAAAGCAUUUGUCAAAAGAUACUAUUGGGACUUGAUGAAAAAAUCGAAAGAGAGUCAUCAAAGUUGGGUUCAAAUGCAAAUUUGGAAGAAAAUGAAGUUGUAGAGCAUAAUAUAGUUGAUGAAAUGCUUGGAAAAGCAAAAAAACAAGUUUCUAAAGAAAAUCCAAAUGUGUCAUUCGGUGGCUCAUACAAUCCAGCUAUAUACCAACCACCAAAUCCCUACUCUCAUUUAGGAUUUACAAGUGAUAAUGCACAUGAUCAAUCUUACAUGUCAUGGACAAAUCAUUCUCAGGAAAUGAGUUGUGUAAAUGUUCCAUUUACAACUAUGUUGCAAGGUACCAAUGUUAUAACGCAACUUAGUCAGGUGGGAAGACCGAAGAUGUCAUGCAGCCAAGAAUCCUAG